AUGCCUGUAAAUGUUGUGAUACCAACUGGAAUAGAGUCCUCUUUUCCCAAAAAUCUUGAUAACAUAGUGACACCACCAAGGUGUCCAUCUAUAACAGGAAAACCCGACUUAUCCACAACUUUGAAUACGGCUACCACUAACCCAAAUACUACUAAUCCCACCACCAAUAACACCAAUACCAACACCACCAAUAACACAACCAAUAACACCACCACUCCCAGCAAUUCCGCAUCACAGAUGCAUUCUGCCAAGAGGUUGCAUCGCGAGGUCAGAUUCGGCUCAUACAUACUUGGAUCGACCUUAGGCGAGGGGGAGUUUGGCAAGGUCAAACUAGGCUGGAGAAAGGAUGGUAAGCAUCCAAGCCAAGUAGCUAUAAAGCUUAUCAAAAGAUCAUCAAUUGUCAAGGAUUCAGACUCAGAAAUUAAAAUACAUCGAGAAAUAAACUCACUAAAGCUAUUAAAUCACCCGAAUAUUGUCAGUUUGGUAGAGGUUAUGAAAAGUGGGAAGUAUGUUGGUAUAGUCUUGGAAUACGCCUCAGGAGGUGAAUUGUUCGACUAUAUUCUACAACAUAAAUACUUGAAAGAACCUGUAGCAAAGAAGAUUUUUGCCCAGUUGGUCAGUGGGGUCGAUUAUAUGCAUGCAAAAGGUUUAAUCCAUCGUGAUUUGAAAUUGGAAAAUCUAUUACUAGAUAAACAUAAUAAUGUCAUUAUAAGCGAUUUUGGGUUUGUCAACUCUUGCAACAAAGAGCAUGGGGAGCUAAUGAAAACUAGCUGCGGCUCUCCAUGCUAUGCCGCCCCGGAACUAGUCUUGACCCAGUCACCUUAUCAUGGUAGAAAAGUGGAUAUAUGGUCUCUUGGAGUCAUACUAUAUGCAAUGCUAUCAGGUUAUUUGCCCUUUGAUGAUGACCCUGAAAACGAAGACGGCUCAGAUAUCAUUAAAUUGUAUCAGUACAUUUGCAAAACCCCCUUAACGUUUCCCGAAUACGUCACUCCAUUAGCUCGUGACUUACUUCGAAAAAUUAUAGUAUCUGAUCCAACAAAGAGAAUAAAUAUAGACGAAAUAAGAAAUCACCCCUUCUUAACACCUUAUUCAGCAUUGUUAUCUGUAAGACAACCAGAAUGGGAUAGAAUAUAUAAAGAAAAACAAAUGCCUGCAAAAGUCGUUCAACAGCAACAACAACAACAAGUGUCUUCUUACAACAAAAGAUAUUCAAUGGUUAAUGUACCCACUAAUUCGUCUUCAUUGGUGACAUCAACCAUGCACCAUAAUACAUCUCAAAUCUCGCAAUUACAACAACAUUUGCAAAUGCAGUUACAGAACCAAACACAAGCAAUAUCACCAACAGCAGCCACAGCACGGUCAUCUCAUUCAAGAUCAUACUCUUCAACUAGUAUCAGUCUCCUUUAUGCAUCACCGUCAAUGUCUAAUAGUGCCACAUCAAAUCUUGAAGAUUCUAUCGACUCCCUUGCAUUAUCGAAAACUCCAUCGCCGAAAAAGGCAUCAUCAGUUUCUCCAACAAGAGGACAUCAAAAAUCAGCUUCAAUCUCAAAUUCUCAGUCGUCUGCUAGUUUUGCUCUCAAGGCAGUUGUUAAUGACGAUUUGAUGAAUAGACCUUCAGCAUAUAACAAUUACACUAGUCAAUCUAUGAUUCCUACUAUUGUCGAAAGCCCAACUAAACCAACAACAACAACAACACAGACAAGCAUCUUAGUUCCAUCAAAAGAAUUUUCCAAAUUACCACCAACAGUAAAGAAACCAAGACCUACAUCAUACCACCCAUCUUCAAUGUCAUCGUCAUCAUUCUUGACUGCCAGUACUCAUUCCUCAAAUUAUAAAGAAAUGUUGAAAUUCUCCAAGGCGCCCAACUACAUGUCGCAAUACAUUUCAACGUCUCCACCCAAACCUUUCGAACCAUUAAAUGAAUAUACUAGAGUAGGAGCAGGAGCAGGAGCAGGAGCAGGAGGAAAUGGUAGUGGUGGUAGUAGUAGUAUUGGUAAUGGUACGCAAAUUUCCGUUUCUAGGCGAAACUCCGAGGUCACUCAUGUGCACGUUAAUGGCGUGUUAGGAAAUGAGAAUGCUCCUCGUAGUGGAUCGCCAGAGAGUAAGCGAAACUCCGUUUUAAGUUAUUGGGAAGAUAAGAUUGAAGCAUUAGAAGCAGGUGAAUCAUAUUACUCACUUUCUAAAGCUGGCUUUGAAGGUGUUGAAGCAUCAGUGUCACCAACUCUUGAUAUACAAAAGAGUAAUGAGGUUAAGGAAGAGGUAGUUAAAGAAGAAAAAAUUGAAGAGACAUCAAAGGAUAUUAUGGAAGAAUCGGAAAUCACAGCAGCAGAUAAAUCAAAAAGCGAAGAUUUUGAGCAGGAAAUUGUACCGUUUAUGCCAAUGGAGGAAUACAUUACCAAGUCAAAGACAGGCGACGAAGAUGAUGUUGAGAUCUUAGUGACGACGAAAAUUGAUACACCACCUCUCGAAAAAUCCGAGCCUGUGAUUGUUGUAAAUCAGGCAAAAGUAGAUGCAGGGUCAAAGAGGCAUAGCAUGCCAGCUAGAAGAGAUCGUGUUUUCAGCGAUGAGAAUAAAGAGAAUAGGGAAACGAAAAAGAAGAAUAGGUUCAGUUUGUUAUCAUUCUAUAGCACUUACAAUUCAUCAGCUUCGAAUGUGUCAAUACCAGCACCUAAGGAAAUAAUUCAACAGCAACAGCAACAACAACAACAACAACAAAUGAAUGGAACAUCGGUAACAACCGCUACAACCUCGGUUAAACACUCGAGAAAAGUUUUGGAACCAACAAAUGAUACCAAUAUCAUGAAAAAAUAUGACCAAAAAAAAUUGAAUUCAGCUACCACUACAACUACACCAGCAUCAUCAUCAUCAUCAAAAAGACACUCAAUUGCAAUUUCUUCUUCUACAUCUGGCCCUUCUUCUUCAAAAGCGAAUAAGGAGUCCAGUGCUGCCAGAAAAGUAAUGGACUUUUUUAGAAGAAGAAGUGUCAGAGUGGGGUAA